UCCUUCCUCUUUAUAAAGAGACACGCUGAGAAAGAGAACAUUUGGUGGGACCCGCUGGCUGGGAUGUCUCCUUGAUCGCCUGUUCCUGCACCUGCAGAUCAUAGUGGCUUCUGCCUGGACGGUGACGUUAGCUUCUUUGCCUUCGCCUUGAGACUGCCCCUUGGAGCCAUGGGAGCUGCAGGCCUUCUCACGUUGGAGGUGAAUGUCCCUGUGGUGACAGUGGCCCUGUCCGUGACUCUCCUGGCCCUCCUGAAGUGGUACUCCACGUCAGCGUUCUCACGCUUGGAGAAGUUGGGCAUCAGACACCCCAAGCCCUCUCCUUUCAUUGGAAACCUGCCAUUUUUCUACCAGGGUUUUUGGGAAGCCCACAAGGAGCUCAGAAGGCUAUAUGGACCUCUGUGUGGGUACUACCUUGGCCGCCAGAUGUUUAUAGUUAUUUCUGAUCCAGACAUGAUCAAGCAGGUGCUGGUGGAGAACUUCAGUAACUUCACCAACAGAAUGGCCUCAGGGCUGGAGUCAAAGCCGGUGGCCAACAGCGUCCUGUUCUUACGUGACCAGAGAUGGAAAGAGGUCAGGGGCGUCUUGACUUCGGCUUUUACUCCUGAGAAGUUGAACGAGAUGAUGCCCCUCCUCAAUCAAGCCUGCCACCUUCUGCUGGCUCACCUGCAACCCCACGCGGACUCCGGAGCUGCCUUCGACGUCCGCAGGUGCUACUCCUGUUACACCACAGACGUGGUUGCUAGCGUCGCCUUCGGCACCCAGGUGGAUUCGUGGGAGGCUCCGGAGGACCCCUUUGUGAAACAUUGCCGACGCUUCUUUCAGCUCAGCAUCCCCCGGCCUCUGCUGGCUUUAAUCUUAUCGUUUCCCUCCAUAAUGGUCCCACUGGCCCGGAUUUUGCCCAAUAAGAACCGAGAUGAACUGAAUGGCUUCUUUAACAAACUCAUUAGGAGUGUGAUUGCCUUGCGGGAGCAGCGGGCAGCUGAAGAGAGGCGGGGAGACUUCCUUCAGCUGAUCCUGGAGGCCCAACAUUCUGCCAGCUCUGCAAAUGUGGAGAACUUCGACAUGGUCAGCCCAGUCCUCUCCUCCACCGAGUGCCCCAAAGCUCCCUGCCGGCAGCACUCACCCAGAGCCCUGUCCAAGCCCUUGACUGAAGAUGAGAUUGUGGGCCAGGCCUUUAUCUUCCUCAUCGCUGGCUACGAGAUCAUCACCAACACGCUCUCUUUUGCCACCUACCUGCUGGCCACCAACCCUGACUGCCAAGACAAGCUUCUGCGAGAGGUGGACCUUUUCAUGGAGAAGCAUGCAGCCAUGGAGUACUGCCACCUCCAGGAGGACCUGCCCUAUCUGGACAUGGUGAUUGCAGAGACACUGCGGAUGUACCCACCAGCUUUCAGGUUCACACGGGAGGCAGCACAGGACUGCAAGGUGCUGGGCCAACACAUCCCCGCGGGUUCAGUGCUGGAAACCGCUGUGGGCGUCCUCCACUACGACCCAGAGCACUGGCCAAACCCGGAGACCUUCGACCCUGAAAGGUUCACAGCUGAGGCCCGAAAGCAGCGACGGCCCUACACCUACCUGCCCUUUGGGGCUGGUCCCCGGAGCUGCCUCGGCGUGCGGCUGGGGCUGCUGGAGGUCAAGCUGACGCUUCUCCAAGUCCUGCACAAGUUCCGAUUCGAAGCCUGUCCUGAGACUGAGGUCCCGCUGCAGCUAGAAUCCAAAUCUGCCUUAAGUCCAAAAAAUGGUGUGUACAUCAGGACGGUGUCCCGCUGACACAGAGGCUGCUGGGAGCCGUCCUGUGUUGAAACCCACAAGCCAGUGUGACGAGGGCACCACAAGUACAAAGAAAAUCUUGGUGUGGAUUCAGAUGUUUGAAGGGUGCCUAACAUUCAAGUAUAAAAGAGUAUUUAUGGAACAUUUACUAAAUACUUAAUAAACAUUUGUUACACUUGA